AUGGCACUUCUAGAUUUUCACAACCCUUGGCUCUUAGUGUUUGGAAUCCUAGGAAAUAUUAUAUCAAUCACGGUGUUUCUCAUACCAACGUCGACAUUUAUUCGAAUCUACAAAGAGAAGUCAACAAUGGGUUUUCAUUCAUUGCCAUAUGUUAUAGCAUUGUUAUCUUCGUUGCUUUGGAUGUACUAUGCUUUCCUAGUGAAGAAUGCCAAUCUCCUCAUCACCAUCAACUCAGUAGGAAUUGUUACUGAGACUAUCUAUAUCACCGUUUUUAUUAUCUACGCAGCGAAGAAAGCGAGGAAUCAUGCAUUGAAGGAGUUGAUUCUAUCUAUUGGAGGAUUUGUCGCAACUUUUUUAGUCUCGUGGUUUGUUUUCUCAGGCAAUGUUCGUAUUAGUGUUGUUGGAUGGAUUUGUGUGGCAUUCUCCCUGGGUGUUUUUGCUUCACCCUUAAGCGUUGUGCUUCAAGUUAUUCGAACCAAGAGUGUAGAAUUUUUGCCAUUUUACUUGUCUUUCUUCCUCGCAUUGAAUGCAAUUAUGUGGGGUGGCUAUGGUGCGAUCUUGAAGGACUUGCGUAUCGCGUUGCCAAAUGUCCUAGGAUUUAUGUUGGCACUAGUACAAAUUUUACUAUAUAUAAUCUAUCGGAAGGCAAAACCAGUCGCAGAAGAAGGCAAAAAAGUGCCAGAGUAUGUAGUGAACAUGGAGGCACAAGAAGCAUCUAAUCAAGGGAAAUAG